UCUUUUAAGUAUUACAGAAUAAAGAAAUGUGGCUUGAAUGGAGUUGUCUGGACCAUGUAAUCACUGUGAAGUUUUGUAAUGGCAGAAGCUAGGUCUUCAGGAAUCAAAAGAUCCCAAACAAGUUUGUCACUCAGUAAAAAUAAGAAGAAAAAAGAAACAACAAAAAAAGUGGAAGUUACAGGAACACCAUCUACACCUUCAGCAUCAUCCUCUAUUACUUCCUUUUUUAACAAUGUUCCCCCUGCCAAAGUUAGCUGUCCCAUGUGUGGGCAGUUGGUGCCAAGAUAUGGAAUAAAUAAGCACAUUGAUGAAACAUGUCAGAGAAACCGUGGUGAGCUUGGUGCCAUUGAUACCACACUGAAUUCUUUUAGGAAUAAGAGACCCCCAGCUGCAAAUCUGAGCAAUAGUUCCAGCUCAUAUUUUUCAAAAAACCUCUUAAAUCUAGAAACAAGUCCUCCCAAAAGUAAUUUAUUGAAAGCAGGAGGGAGUGCAGCACAACAGACUAGUCCUUAUUUUAGCAAUAGUAGUUCAGUGUUUAGUGUGAACAGUGAAUCCCAGGCUCGAACAGUUAGAACAGUCUUCUUGGGAAGCUUGUCUGCCAAGCUGUCCAGAAGGCGCUGCCUGCAGGGAGGAAAACAGGUCCUGUAUGAAGAGAUCAACUCUUCACCUCCAGCUGUUCACAGUGCCUGUGGAAGUGUGGCUGCCCCUGAUGAUGAUGAUGAUGGGGAUGAGAUUGAUGCUGGGCAGAGUUCUCAGAAAGAAAAUCAGCCUUCUCAGAGAGAGCACCAGGAACAACAUUUUUCAAAGAGGGAACCUGAGUUUCAAAAUGAAAUAAACAAAUGUAAUCAAGAAGACCUUGUGGAUAUGGUUCAAGUACAAUUACUGGCUGAUAACAGUAAAGACAAAAGGUUCCCAUCUGGUACAAGGAGCACCAAAGCAGAAAGCAGCUCUGAAGGUGGGAUACUUAGUCCUGAUAGAUGUGAAACAUCUCCAGCCAUCCAUACUCCAGCAGAGCUGACCAGUAAUUUGGAAGCUGAGACUCAGCCUCACACUGAGGCUACUCCUUCAAAGACAGAAGUGAACAGUGGGACAGAAAAUUGCUUUAGCAGGGAUGAUGCAGAGGUACUUCCUGUGGAAGUUCUUGAAGACUUUAAGAAUGACAUGAACUAUUCUCUGUUAGAAACAGUGGAAAAGACAGAAUCUCAGGAUUCCACUGGGGACAUUCUAGACAAAAUAGAUGAGGUCCUCUCUGUGCCCAGCUCUCCUGGUCACCCAUACUACCUCCAGAAUUUUCUAGUAGUGCUGCGAGCAGUAUUGCAGAAUGAAGAUGAUGUCAGACUGUUUAAUGAACAAGAUUUGAACAUUAUAACCAAGUUCUACAAAUUAUCAGUUGGUGGGCAGAAGUUGUACGUGAGACUUUUUCAACGCAAGCUGAACUGGUUAAAGGUGAACAAAAUAGAGUAUGGGGAGAUAAGUGUGGAUUUGUCACCAAUAAUUGAAGAACUGGCUGAAGCCAGAUUCCUACAAACAGAAUCAGAAUUGGAAGACCUGUGUGAAGGGUUGGAUUUGCUCUCAGCCCCUGAGCUAAAAACACUGGCAAAAAUCUUUCACUUGCCAAACCCAAAUGGUCAGAAACAGCAACUUGUGGAUGAUUUUCUGAAGUUGUCAAAGCAGCGUUCCAUCUUCAGCAGGAGUCAGGCUGGUAUUGGGACAGUGAUUUUAAAAAGGGUGAAGGACCUGGCUGGCAGAUGUGUCAGGGUCUGCAGAGAUGCUCGGGCCGUCUUUUCCCGAAUGCUGCUGCUGUUUGCACUGCCUGAGUCCCUGGAGGAGGAGGAGGCUGGCACUGCUGGUCAGGGCCUGCUCUCCACAGUCCUCAGGGCAAACAUGGGGCACAUGGUGUUCCCCAGUUACACAGUAAACAGGAAAACACAGGUCUUCCAGGACAGAGAGGAUCUCAUCAGGUAUGCAACUGCUGUUCAUCUGUCAAAUGAUAUAGCCACUGCAAUGGUAAAUGGGAACUGGGAAGAAGCUCAUAAUCUCUAUUUGUAUGCUAAAGAAACCUGGAGUGAACUGAAGAAUCACCCCUCUUUGAGCUAUCACAGAACUUUACCUGAUUACCUGCGGCGUUUCACAGUUGGCUGGGUGUACACAAGAAUCCUUUCUCAAGGAGUUGAAAUUCUGCAGAGACUUCACAAGUAUAAGGAAGCAGUGCAGCAGCUGCAGAGCCUCCUGGCCCAGGAUGUGUAUUGUACUGACAGCAGAGGGAGAUGGUGGGAUCGGCUGGCUCUGAAUUUACAUCAGCACUUGAAAAACACUAAGAAGGCUGUCGGCUGCAUCCGGAGGGGGCUGGCAGACGCGGCCGUGCGCACCGGGCACCGCCUGUCCCUGUGCCAGCGCGCCCUGCGCAUCCGCGACUCCCCCAGCUGCAGGCAGCUCCAGGGCCUGCUGCAGGACCUGCCCCUCCUCACCGUGCACGAUGUCACUCACGUUACAAUCAGUGGAAAGAUGUGUCCUCAGAUGGGAAUGGGAAAAUCUGUGUUCCUCAUGGAGGAUAUUGGUGAUGGAGAAGGAGGCCAGGACUGCAGUGUAUCCACAGUCAUGUGCUCAGUUGAGGAGCUGGCAUUAACUCAUUACAGGAGGAAUGGCUUUGAUCAGGGUAUUCAUGGGGAAGGCUCAACGUUUAUUACACUGUAUGGGAUUCUAAUGUGGGAUAUCAUUUUCAUGGAUGACAUACCUGACGUGUUCAGAAAUUCCUAUCAGACAUCCCCCCUGGAUUUAUACACUGACAGCUUCUAUGAGAACAGGAGUGCUGUUAUUGAGGCCAGACUCCAGCAGCUUCACACAGCUUCCUCAGAGACGCUGGCAGAGCUGGUUGCUGACGUUUGGACCACUCAGGAGGGAAAAGCAGCAGCCCUGGUUAACUGGGGACGUUUUACUUCCCUCCAGCAAGUCCAGAGCCUGGUCUCUUGCCUUGGAGGAGCAUUCCUGAGCGGUGUUUUCCGGAGGCUUUCCAGGGACCUGCGGCACUGCCGGGGGGGCCUGCCCGACCUGCUCGUGUGGCGCUCCCACAGCCAGCACUUCAAGCUGGUGGAGGUGAAGGGCCCCAACGACCGCCUGUCUCCCAAGCAGAUGCUGUGGCUGAGUGAGCUGCACCAGCUGGGGGCUGCAGUGGAGGUUUGUCACGUGCAGGACGUUGGAGGCAAGAGCAAACGCCUCAGCUGACAGAGGUUG